UCACGCCAUUUUGAGGUAUCGGCCAGCCGUUGAGCAGCUAGUUGCUUAAGGGCAAUGUGAUCGACCCUUUUGAAGCUAUGCCGAUUACUUAGUCGUUAAAAAAAAAAAAAAAAAAAAAAAAAAAAAACACUGCCAUCACGUUAUUAUUUGAGCGUCUAUUCAAUUGAUAAAACAUUUCUAUCCUAGAUUACUCUUCCAGCCAUGUCCACCGAGGGAACAGCGGACCAGGCGGCAGCAGAGUAUAUUCCAGAGAAGGUGAAGAAGGCAGAGAAGAAGUUGGAAGAAAACCCAUAUGACCUUGACGCAUGGAGCAUUCUGAUUCGAGAAGCACAGAACCAACCCAUAGAUAAAGCAAGGAAGACAUAUGAGCGACUUGUCACGCAGUUCCCAAGUUCUGGCAGAUUCUGGAAACUAUUCAUUGAAGCUGAGAUCAAGGCUAAAAACUAUGACAAGGUAGAAAAGUUGUUUCAGAGAUGCCUAAUGAAAGUGUUGCACAUCGACCUGUGGAAAUGCUACCUCUCAUAUGUUCGAGAGACCAAAGGGAAGCUACCCAGCUACAAAGAGAAGAUGGCCCAGGCAUAUGACUUUGCCCUGGAUAAAAUUGGCAUGGAAAUAAUGUCUUAUCAGAUUUGGGUGGACUACAUCAACUUCCUCAAAGGAGUUGAAGCUGUGGGCUCAUAUGCAGAGAAUCAGCGAAUCACCGCUGUACGGAGGGUGUACCAGAGAGGCUGUGUGAACCCCAUGAUCAACAUUGAGCAGCUCUGGAGAGAUUAUAGCAAAUACGAAGAGGGGAUCAAUGUGCACUUGGCGAAAAAGAUGAUUGAGGAUCGAAGCAGAGACUACAUGAAUGCCAGGAGAGUUGCUAAAGAGUAUGAGACUGUGAUGAAGGGGUUGGACAGGAAUGCACCCUCAGUACCACCCCAGAACUCCCCUCAGGAAGCUCAGCAAGUGGAAAUGUGGAAGAAGUACAUCCAGUGGGAAAAAAGCAACCCUCUGCGCACAGAAGACCAGACCCUCAUCACAAAGAGAGUGAUGUUUGCUUAUGAGCAGUGCCUGCUGGUGCUUGGCCACCAUCCUGACAUAUGGUAUGAGGCAGCACAGUACCUGGAGCAGUCCAGCAAACUGCUGGCAGAGAAAGGGGAUAUGAAUAAUUCAAAACUGUUUAGUGAUGAGGCAGCUAACAUCUAUGAACGUGCCAUCGGGACUCUUCUGAAGAAGAACAUGCUUCUGUACUUUUCAUUUGCUGACUAUGAGGAAAGUCGCAUGAAGUACGAGAAGGUCCACAGCAUCUAUAAUAAACUGUUGGCCAUUGAAGACAUUGACCCCACGCUGGUCUACAUCCAGUACAUGAAGUUUGCCAGGAGGGCAGAGGGCAUCAAAUCAGGUCGCACCAUCUUCAAAAAGGCCCGGGAGGAUCCACGCACACGUCACCAUGUGUACGUGACUGCAGCACUGAUGGAGUACUACUGCAGCAAGGAUAAAUCGGUGGCUUUCAAGAUCUUUGAGCUUGGUUUGAAGAAAUAUGGUGACAUUCCAGAGUACAUAUUGGCGUACAUUGAUUACCUCUCACACCUUAAUGAGGAUAACAACACCAGGGUUCUGUUUGAACGUGUCCUCACCUCAGGAAGCUUGUCACCAGAAAAGUCAGGCGAGAUCUGGGCUAGGUUCCUGGCCUUUGAGAGCAACAUAGGAGACCUGGCUAGUAUUCUGAAAGUAGAGCGCAGGCGUUUCACUGCCUUCAAGGAUGAGUAUGAGGGCAAGGAAACGGCUUUGCUCGUAGACAGAUACAAGUUCAUGGACUUGUAUCCCUGCUCUACCAGUGAACUCAAGGCCCUUGGAUACAAGGAUGUUUCUCGUGCCAAACUGGCAGCACUGCUGCCAGAGACUGUGGUGGCGCCCUCUGCGCCUGCAAUGAAGGAUGAAGCUGACCGUAAACCCGAGUACCCCAAACCUGACACUAACCAGAUGAUCCCCUUCCAGCCACGUCACCUUGCCCCUCCAGGUUUACAUCCCGUCCCUGGUGGAGUUUUCCCAGUCCCCCCAGCUGCUGUUGUUCUAAUGAAGCUGCUCCCUCCACCUACGUGUUUCACUGGUCCUUUUGUUCAAGUGGAUGAGCUCAUGGAAACUUUUAGGAGAUGCACACUUCCUGAGACUGUUGAUGCUGCUGUAGAGCUGAUCACUGGCAGACAGCCCGAUGCGGGAGGGGAGGGCAAUGGAUCCAUGGAGAACCAUGCUAUUACCAAGUCACUCAAGAGGCCUAAUGCAGACUCCGACGAGGAGGAUGACAAAGGAGCUGUGGCUCCGCCCAUACACGACAUCUACCGUGCACGCCAACAGAAGAGGAUUCGAUAAACCAACUAGAACACAUAGUGAAUGCAACAAGAAUGUAAUCUUAAUAGGUGGUUGUAUGGGGUUAACGUACAUGUCCAUAUUUCUGAGUGUGUCUCACAGAUUAUACAUCCUUUCAUCUCUGUACAGAAGAAGCAUACAUAUACACACACUCACACAGACAUACAUACAGUAUGCACACCUGUGUGUUCUUGUGGCUUUUUUUUUGUUAACAGUUUUUAUUUUUUAAAGACUGACCAUUAUACUGUAAAAAAAUUUUUAAUUCAAUCAUUGAUUUUGGCACACAGCUCAGUUUUGACCUUGUGAUCUUCCAGUGAUGGCAAAGUGGAAUUAAGCUUUUUUUAGAUAACUGGAGGAAACACAGUUCCUUUGAAUAAAAGUGGAAAAGAAUUCAA